AUGUCGAACAUUGUCGUUCUUCGAGCUCAUACACGUAGACAACCACUGUCUUAUCAUGAAACAGUGCAGAAACAAAGAAUGAAUACAAUUCUGUACAAGUCUUUAGAAAAUUUCAGGAAAAUGUAUAAACCUGUACAACUGAAUAGUGAAACCUCGAAAACUUACCGUCCAAUUAUCGUAGAUGGAUUCAUCAUCUGGAAUGCAACACUUCACGACAAACUAAAUGAAAUUGUCAUGUGUCCAGAAACAUUUCAAAUAUGGAUGAAUAAGAAAGAAGUUAAAAAUGUCAAG